UAAAUUAUGACCGAGUCUAUUAAGUAGUACUAUAUUUGAUUUUACACAAUGGAGAAAUAUAUUAGUGUAAAAGAAUUAGAAGAUGCUGCUUUAGCUUUAUUACCUAAAAACGCUCGAGAUUAUUACAAAAGUGGUGCAACUGAGGAAUAUACUUUAGCAGAGAAUCGACGUGCUUUUCAAAGGCUCCGCAUACGGCCAAAAUGCCUCGUCGGCUUAGCAGCUUGCGAUUUAUCUACAACAAUAUUCGGGGAGAAAGUGUCAAUGCCGCUGGGUAUAUCCCCUACUGCAAUGCAAAGAAUGGCCCAUCCUGAUGGUGAAACGGCUAAUGUCAGAGCUGCACAAACCGAAGGCGUGAUUUAUACACUGAGCACAAUCUCGACGAGUUCUAUAGAAGAAGUAGCUGAGGCCGCACCAAAUGCUAUCAAAUGGUUUCAAUUAUACAUUUAUAACGAUAGAGAGGUAACACGAAAGUUAGUGUUAAGAGCUGAACAGGCUGGAUUUAAAGCAAUUGCGCUGACAGUUGAUACUCCCCUUUUUGGUAUAAGAAGAGCUGAUAUUCGUAAUAAGUUUACUCUUCCAAAUCAUUUGAAAUUAGCAAAUUUUGAUGGUCAUUUAUCCACAAAAAUACAUAGUACAGGGGAUGGCAGUGGUUUAAAUAAUUAUGUUAAUAAUUUAUUUGACAAAUCUUUGACUUGGGGUGAAAUAAAAUGGUUAAAGAGCAUAACUAAACUACCUAUCGUUGCAAAAGGAAUAUUACGUGGCGAUGACGCAGUGCGAGCAAUUGAGGCAGGGUGUGACGGUAUAUUGGUGUCAAACCACGGCGCGAGGCAGUUAGAUGGUGUUCCGUCAACAAUUGAAGCUCUACCUGAAAUAGUUGAAGCUGUAAAAAAUUACAAUGUCGAAGUAUUUUUGGACGGAGGUGUAACAACAGGAACAGAUGUGUACAAAGCAUUAGCUUUAGGAGCAAAAAUGGUUUUCGUCGGUCGCCCAGCUAUAUGGGGCCUAACAGUCGGCGGUGAAGCCGGUGUCCAAAGAAUGUUAAGUAUAUUCCGAAAGGAACUGGAAUAUACAUUCCAAAUUGCGGGUACUCCAACCAUUGAAGACAUUACGAAAGAUAUGGUGCGUCACGAGUCAGCUUACAGCAGAUUAUAAUUUCGUCAGUUGACAAGAUCUUAUAUCAAAUGUUUCUUCAGUGUGUUAUUAAAUGAAUAGUUGGAAUUAA